UACGCUCGGCCGCACUCGAACUUGACCGAGAUUCAGGAAGGUUUAGACCUUCUUUGGAGAAAUAAUAUCUCGCCGUCUAAGGUCGUCCUUGGACUCGCGUGGUACGGACGAUCUUUUUCGCUUGCGAAUCCGAGCUGUACGACCCCGGGAUGCGUGUUUACUGCGGGUGGAAAUCCCGUUCCCCAAGUUGAUAGUGUGGCUGCCGUGAACUGGGUUACAUGGGGAGGAGAUCAAUGGGUUAGUUACGACAAUGGUCAAACGAUGCAGUUAAAGAUUCAAGCGGCAAAUAUUCUGUGUCUUGGUGGCACGAUGGUCUGGGCCUUUGACCAUGAUAAUCUAGAGGGCGAUAGCGUGAGCCUCCUCCUCGGACUCGAUACAAGCCAAGGAGUCGACCCAGAUGAUGCGCUCACGCUAAAGAAAUGGAUUAAGAAGUCAGAUUUUCAGGCUCAAGCCCAGGCGUUGUGUUACUGGACUGGCUGUGACGAAGAAUGUGAUGUGCGAUACUUUCCCGAAACUUGGAGCUCUGGCCAGCCUAAAAACGUCCCCCCUUCGAACCAAUGUACCGCAGGGUUCAGAACAUUAUGCUGCGCAGCCUCAACAAGCAUGGGCCGUUGUGCUUGGGAAGGAUGGCGGGGCGUUGGAAUGCGCUACACCAGGUCAGUGUGCCAAAAUCCAGACGCUGUCUGGAUAGCAGGUAGCAGUACGUCUUUGCAGUUAAUACCUGCCUCCAAAAGUCCGGCAUUAAUAAUUAACAGCGAGCCACGUGUUCGAGAGUCUCGACGUCGAUGUCAUGAACGACCGGACUUGCAACGGUGA